CUUCUCUAACACUCCCACGGUCGCCAUGGACCUGCAUAAGCAAUGGGAGAACACAGAGACCAGCUGGCACAAGGAAAAAAUGGAUUUACUGGACCAGUUUGACAAUGAAAGGAAGGAAUGGGAAAGUCAGUGGAAGAUUAUGCAGAAGAAGAUAGAGGAGCUUUGCCAUGAAGUAAAACUUCGGAGGAAACUCAACAUGAAUGAACGUGCUAAGAUCACCAAUCUUGAUCAUGAGAAGGCCACUCAAGAUAAAAUGGUGGCAUGUUCUCCAAAUUACCCCACUUCAGGAAAAUGUGAAUUUAUAGGGAUGAAUCACAGGGAUGGUCUGGAAAAAGACAAUAAAAUGGAUAAGAGCUUACUUGAGGAAGGAAAUCAAAUGUGUAAGGAACAAAAAGCAUCAAAAAAAUCCAAAGUAGGGUUUAUGGAUCCUUUGGUCACAAACAGCCCAAAGGAAUGUGAGGCCUGGCUUGACCUGAGGACAUCUGAGGAAGAGAGCAAGGACCGUUCUGGUGCUCUUAGCACUGCUCUUGAAGAACUUGCCAAAGUUAGUGAAGAAUUAUGUAGCUUUCAAGAAGAAAUUAGAAAGCGGUCUAACCACAGAAGGAUGAAGUCAGAGUCUUUCCUCCAGGAAAUGCCAAGUGUAAUUAAUCUGCCUCAUGGAGACCACAUGACCGACCAUGGCCAGUGCGUUCUUUCAGUCACCUUAGAAAAAGAAAAACAGAAAAAUAGAAAGAAUCUGUGUGGUACUCAUAUGCUCCAAAACAAUUCUGUGCAAAUAUGUGGAAUUGAUGCAAUCAAUAUGCGACAAAAUGAAAGUCCACCACUUCCUCCUCCAAGAAGCACAUCUCGAAAUUUUCCCGGCUUAUAUGCUGAACAAGCCCAUGAAAUUUUGAAGAGAAGUUUAGACCACAACAUAUGGGUGGCACCAGAAUGUCAAAGUGAAAGGAACUGUAAUCUUCAUUUUCCUCAGAGUCACAGUGAAAUGCCUAUGUGUUGUUUAAAUGAAGGGAAACCUUCAAAAGAUAGCAUCCUGUGUUCUUCUUUGGCACCAGAAGCUAAAUUAGCUGACAAACCUCCGUGUAAUGAAAAUGCUGGACAUAGCAUAUGGUCAAGUGACAUUGGAGUAGGUGCAAAAUAUAGCCCUCCUGCAGUAUGGUUUCAGAAAACCUGCUCUCCUCCUCAUAAACUCAAGUAUGAAAAGGUAGCCCCAGAUCAUCCUGCUAAAUCUCAUCCUGAACUUCAUAAGAGCAGUGACUGCUGCUCCCCCCGGAUGCAGAGCAGUGGCCCACUUAGAAGUUUCAGCUGUGGCUUUGAACGCACUACAAGGAAUGAAAAGCUGGCAGCAAAGACUGAUGAAUUUAACAGAACCGUAUUUAGGACAAAUAGGAAUUGUGCAACAGAGCAAAGUCAAAGCUGCUCAAAAUCAUCUGAAGCUCCUAAGCCCGCUGAUACUUUAAUCACAUGCACAGGUAACACAUCAGAAAAUGACAGUGUAUCUGAUCUUCUGAAAACAAGUGCCCACAUAUCUGUGCCCAGGGAAAACAUGCCUGGUAAUCCCACCAAAAUAUCCAGCAUGGGCUUAGUCAGGCAAAUGCAGGAACGCUUGAGUCCUAGCAGUUAUCGUAACAUGCUCCAUGAGCAUGACUGGAGACCAAGUAAUUUGUCCGGCCGACCAAGAUCAGCUGACCCCAGGUCAAAUUAUGGUGUCGUGGAAAAGCUGCUGAAAACCUAUGAGACAUCAACAGGGUCUGCAUUGCCAAAUUCUCAGUGUUCCCAGAAUAAUUGGACCAAAGGUAAUUCUGAUGUCGGUGGUGGGACCACAUUGAGUCAGCAUUUAGAAGUGCUCCAAGUAGAACAAGAGCUUCCGCGAAAGACAGCUCUGAGUGGGGCACAAGUGAAGCAAGGAUUAGAUUGGAGAAAGUUAACAAAGGAAUCCAUGGCAGUGAAGUCCUCCCAAGGAAAAGGGUUUUCCCGACCUGCUAGGCCAGCAAAUCGCCGUCUCCCUUCCAGAUGGGCCUCACGGUCUCCAUCGGCACCCCCUGCCUUGCGGAGAACUGCCCACAGUUACACUAUUUCUCUGCCAUCUGAAGCAUCAAUGGUCUGAGUCUCUGGCCUGGAUUGCUAGAUUACAAAAAGUCCCAAUUUCCAAACAGAGCAUCCGGAGUGUUUACAACCAAUCCUGUCGCUUCUGUAUCAUUCAAGAUCAAUGGGACAAGCAAUUGAAAUCUUAUUCCCAUCAGUCUUCAGUGUUUUUAUUCUAUGGAAAAAUUACCUUUCUGUAUUUUGAUUUCUUAAAUCGAAUUUUUUAGUCCCAUCCUCAUUACUUUGCCAAUGUGAUUUUAAGUUGAUACAGUGUACUAUAGUGUAUAUUCUAGCUUUCUUGCAAGUGGCAAAAAGCAAGAUUAUGUGCAUGGCCAUGUGUUUGUAGGUGCAUGAGUUGAAAUAGGUCGUAUGUUAGUAUGUAUUUAGAUAAGAAAAACAUAUGUGCUAGUGUUGACUUUGAAAUUAUAACAUGUAUACCUAUCUAUUCUUUGUGUUUAUUUAAAAUUUUGAAAAUAUACAGUAAUACUGUUUAUAUUUUGUAUACCUUUUAAUGGGUAUCUACAUAAGGCAUUUGAGAUACAUGUACUAACUAACCACUUCUUUGACCCCAAGUAAUUGAAACAACAAGAAUUAUACACAUCUCUAAUAUUGAUUUCUAUAUACAGCUCAUAGUUUCUUAAUCCGAUACCAUUGACUUCCUUUUAGCUCUUUUAAGUAAAUUGUCACAAGUUUUACAGAUCGGACAUCUAAAGGAAUGAUAAAAUGUUCACAAAACCUUUUAUAUACCAUUUGGUAGUCAAUUAUGGCUUUAACUCUAUACUUGAUUCUCAGAGCCAGUAUUUUGAGACUGCCUUAUAAACUAUGUAAUUAAAUUAAUGCAUUUAAUUUGUCAAUUUAAGUAACAAGCAUUCCUGAAAGGGAUGUGAAAAGAAAUUUAAUAAUGCUGAGUUCCACAUUUUUGUUAAAGUUGUAGUAUGAUUUUAGUUCAUCUAUUUUGUUUGGAGUCACACACAUCUAGAGGUAAGUCUUUCACUUUUUGCUUCAAAUCUUUUCCUUAAAAUUGGUAGUUAAAAGACUGGUUCACUUUCUUAUUUAAUAAAGAAGAUCAGGAAUGACAUUUCAUUGAAAACUAAAUUAUAUUGUGCUUCCUAAAGUGUGUGACACUAAAAAGCCUUAAACUAAGCUGUGGCAUCCUUGAGUAGCUUAAGGGACAGAAACUUGUAUUUUGGCCACAAUUUGCAUAUAGUAAACGUAAAAUCUACAUUAAUAACUGACAAAAAUGUUAAUGAGGUGCUUGAAAUUCUACUAGGAAGAUCUUAGAAGUGACUUUGCUUUCCACUAUCUCUAUAUAAAUCAAUUUUGUUAUUAGAUAUUACAUAAAAGUAAACUUUUAAUGACCGAAAAAGAUUAGGAAAUUCUUAUUAAAAGGUUUUCAGAGACUUCUAAUAUCAUCUAACAAUUUAGAAAACAUCAUUAUGCACCAUGACUUGAAAUAACGUAAACAAUUUUCAAAUCCCAGAUUGCCUUCAAAGGCUCACGACUGUUGCAUGGUGAGGGAUAGAUUCCAAUAAGCAAAGUUUUCAGGAGUUGAGCUAAAUUUAACUAAUAUAAUAUGAGGUUGGAGCAGAUGGUAAGUAAGGUCUAGAGAUCAACUCUUAAUUAUCUAUCCUUCAGGAAUUUCAUUUUCCUUUGGAAGCCUGGCAGAGAAAAGUAAGCUUGACUUCAGGUGGUGUCACUCAUAUAAUAAGCUUUCCAUCUAAAUGGGAGAAAAUACUUGGGAGACACAUAAAACGUGAGGCCUGUUAGGAGGUUGCUGCUGUGAGCAGAGCCCGAGAACUGUGCACAUACGUACUCAUUCCUCUACAUCCUCUGCUCCAAGCAGUGUGAUGUGUAUCUGCAGUUCUUGCAUUUAACUACAAGACAUAAUCUUGAGGAUCUCUUUUAAAAAUGUAAUUCCUACCCAUCCCCCAUAGUUACUAAAUGUCACUUGGCUGCGAUGGGAACAAGGACUCUGAAGUCUUUAAUAAAAGAAACAAAACAUUUGACAAUUAGAGAAAUUUGGAGGCAGUGGCAUUGGCUGAUAGCUCAUGGAUGGGCACUGUUGGGUGUUACAUUACUGCCCUUGGACCCACCUUUGUUAUCUGUAAAUUGAAAGGGUUAUAUUAGCAGACUUCAAAAUCCUUAGUCAGUUUUUUGAUUACCACUUUCAUGAAACAGUGAGACACAUCCUAAUUUAUUAUAUUGACUAAAAUCAUAUAAUAUUAGGACUGAAAAGAGACAGCAUAUGAUGAAGAAACGAAACAGAUUAUUUGGAUGUUCUGUUUUCUCUUUCAAAAUAUUUUAUAUUUUUAAUGGAAAAUCCUACCAGGUAAAUGAAAAUUGUCCUUGAAAAAUAUUUUUGACGUAUUGUGAUUUUUAAACAAUUGCUUUUCUACUUUGGAUGAACAUUUUCUUCUCAAUAAUGUGUGCAUCAUUAUGCCAUCAUUGCUGAAUUUGAAGGAUUUGUGGACAUUGUAGAAAUAAUAAGAGACUUUUGUGUUAAUGGACAUAUUCUUUAUCAGAGAAAAAAAAUCUUGUAAUAUUUCAUCUAAGGAUUACUGACUUGGGUUGCCCUCAGAUAGGUGGAAGGACUCAGUAGAGAAGAGUAGUUUCUCUGUUUCUUUACUAUGUCACUUACGAUAUAGUGAGUCCUCACAUAGCACUUAGGAUAGGUUCUUGGAAACUGGUUAAGUGAAAUUACAUACAACAAAACCAGGCCCUUGAAUAAUAGUUUUGUUCAACAGGAUUCUUUUCUGAUCAACAUUAAAACUUAACAAUG